CCAAAACCGGUGUAAAGAUAGACCGUUCAACACGGUGGCGGCCCGAUGCACCGGGCCGAGAAGACAAGUAGCAAGGUAUGCCGUGACCGGGAGCUCGAGGUCGCCAAGGCGAUCCACCGCAAGAAGCUCCAGGAAACCCGGUCGGCGAUUGACACGCACAAGCCCCGCACGUCGACAAUGUACCAUCUCUUGCACAAUAUGAAGCGGGAGCGCGAGGUGGAAGACCGGCUUGAUGAGAUCGAGCGCCAUAACAACUUGCUCGUCAACCGUAUGUCGGACGUCAUGCACUGCUCUGCAUGGGAGUUCCACCCGUCGCCCGCGUCGUCCGUCAACACGGUGUCCUACACGGUAUACCACAGCCCGCGUCACCCCAGCCCGCUCAAGCCAAGUGCGCCAUCGCCACUGAAGAAGUCUCUAAAUGGCACCUUUCGAACGCAGCGACUGCGGCAAAUCCAAAGCGACAACUUGGCGAUCACGCGUCGCGUGCGCAAAACCAAAACGCACUACAAAAACACGAGGUUGCGCAAGGAGUGGCAGCAGAGCGUCAAGUACCUCAAGUCAAUCUGCAACUUUCCUCUGCUCAAGCCAAGUCCGCCCGCCACAACGACAUCGAAAAACACAAUUGACCCCACGAUGCAGAAUGCGCGGGCGUUCAUGCAGGCUCAGACGCUCGGCGACGAAGAGGAUGACCUCCUUCAGUACUACAAUUUGAGCUUGCCAACAAUCAACGUGAAAGUCGCAACUCCUCCGACGACGGUGCCGCCCAAGUGCCGUCACAAGGCUCGAAAGCCUGCCUUCGAGCCAAAAAAGGUGGGGACGCGCCCGGGGCUACCCGUGCUGGACCACCUCAGCCCGCGAUUCAAAUGGGGCCCAUCAAGCGAAUUCAUGCAUGCAACACCCAAGUCACCGAUGCAAGGGCAAUCACAUCUUCUCAAGAAGGGCCGGACCAUCGACGGCGUCGAUUUUGUCGUGACCGUUGCCAGUGCCCCGAUGUACGGCAUGACGAUUUCGGCCCACGAUGGGAGCGCGGAGACGACGUACGAGCUGUAUGUCUCCAAAGACGACAUGCUUGGGCUGCUCAAGGACGUCGUCUCGAUUGAAGAAGAAUUUGCCGUGGAGACGAUAUCGCGGCUUCUCUGCGACCGCGUCCGGUUCGAGCAGCGCAGCUCGAUGCUCUACCUUCCUCUCAACGAAGUGCGCUCCGUCGCGGGUUUGACCCUGGAGACACUCUUCUGCCUCGUCGCUCCGUGCUCUAUACAUGGCGAGGACUACACGGUGUCUGUGUCAUCAGCAGCUGACGGCGUUCGCUUUGACGUUCAGCACACAGUCUCACGCCAGACGUUUAGCCUCGAGCUCACGACGAACGAGCUUCAGCGAGCAUUGCGCGAGAUGCAUGUGACGGCAUCAACAGUCGAUGCGGCAGUCCGAAUGCUACUGCCGUGCAUUCUCGUUGACACAGGGGCCGUGCGCCUCUGUCAGCCUCCAACCUCUGCGGCCGUCGUUGUCUGGGAGACGGGUCACGUCUUGCAGGGGACGUACUAUAUUUGCACGCUUACGGAUCGCACGGACGGCACGGUCUGCUUUUCUGUACGCGAGCCGCACAAAACGUUGGCGCUCGAUUCCGUCGUCGUGUCGGAGCUGCCUCCGCCGUCAGCGACUGAUUUUUUACCACGAGUUUUGCUGACGCCUAGCAAAAAGUUGCUGAUUGAGUCGCCAGGCCGACCAACAACAGCAGAUCAUGCUGACACGGUACUCUUCAAGCUUGCAGAAAUGGAGAACGACAUGCGUCAGUUUAUCGAGCAGCACUACAGUACGACGCAACUGCUUGGUGACAGCCAGUGUGCGACGCCAGCCCAUGGCAGCGCUCCGAAGGAGCAUGACGACGACGAGAACGCCUAUGACGACGACUAUGAAGCCUACGAAAACGAUGAGGACGUGCCGCAAGGGGCUCUAGACGAGAAUGAAGCCGAGGACGACGAAGCCGAGGACGACGGAGUCGAUCUUGCAGCGAUGCGCAUUCAAGCCCACAUUCGCGGGGCCCUCGCUCGUCGAAAUACGAUGGAAUUGCGACGAAGUUUGGGCAUGCGCGUGGAUUCGUACGCUUCACGACCAGCGCCAGACACAAACGCUGCGGCGACGCGCAUUCAGGCCCAUUUCCGCGGUGCCCUCACACGCCGCCACGCGCGGUCGCAUUCGAAAGACGUUGUGCGCCCGCUUCCGUCGUUCGCCAAGCCGAUGGACCAUGCCGGCAUCUGUCGAAUCCAGGCGCACAUCCGUGGAACUCUAGUGCGCAAAUCGAUGCGAACGAUCGUUGACGAGCCGCGCCCGACCGACUUGCGGGAUGUUCGCUGUCAAGCGGCGACGCAAAUCCAGGCCAGGUUCAGGGGUACGCUUGUUCGUCAGCUCCGCAAACCCGAGGCGUGCCAUAGUCCGCUCCAAGAGCCGACCUUCACUCGCCGCAGCUUUCGAAGCUCGAGUACUCAGAAACGCAGCUUUCGAGGAUCGCGGGACCGGCGCAACCACGACGACGAGCACGAUACUGUUGAUGUUGUCGAGCGACCGCCCACGCCCAAGCACGUCCCGAUACGGCGACAGCUCUCGGCGUCCCAUAGCUUCAGAGAAUCGAUGUGAGCACAUUCGACAAUCCCACGCCCAAUGCAUAUCAAUUAACAUUCAAGUCAAAUCAAUCUCGUACUCGUUCUGUCGUGGGAUAAAUACGACGGCUACUCCAUAAA